AUAAUCUGAUGACGUAGAAUGACUCACCAAGAAUUCACAGGCGGCUUUCGUUUCCUUGAUUAGUUGUUCCGAAAACGUUACUUACUUCAGAAGUUAAACAUAUAAUAAUUUUAUCAGGAGAUUAUUUAGAAAUCUUAUGAUUAUUUAGUAUUUAUUAAAUUAUCUUCCUACAUCUGACAAAACUGAUAAAAUGACACAUCAUUGGGAGAAAAAUAAACGGCCGGGCGUCGAUGACAUGGUCCUGUUGAAAUCAUUUGAAGAUAAUGAAAUAAAAAAGAACUUGCGAGAGAGAUUCAUGCAAGAUUGUAUUUACACCUAUAUUGGACCAGUACUAAUUUCUGUUAACCCAUUUAAACAAUUAAAUAUCUAUACCGACAAAGAACUGGAGAUUUAUAGAGAUGCUGCUCCCUAUGAAAAUGCUCCGCAUGUUUACGCCCUUACUGAUGAUAUGUAUCGAAAUAUGCUAAUUGACAAUGAUAGUCACUGUGUAAUUAUUAGCGGAGAAUCAGGAGCAGGAAAAACUGUUGCUGCAAAAUUUAUUAUGAGCUAUAUAACAAAAGUAUCUGGUGGAAGUUCAACUGUGGAACGUCUAAAAGAGAUUAUCCUGAAAUCAAAUCCGUUAUUAGAAGCUUUUGGAAACGCUAAAACACUUAGGAACAAUAAUUCUAGUCGUUUUGGUAAAUAUGUUGAAAUACAAUUUAAUAGAGGAGGCGAGCCAAUUGGAGGUAGUAUUAGAAAUUUUCUCUUAGAAAAGUCUAGGGUUUUAGGAUUGAAUGUUGGAGAAAGAAAUUUCCAUAUAUUUUAUCAAAUGAUUGAGGGACUAAAAGGCAAAGGAAAUCUAGCCAAUGAUUUAUCUAUACCUGAAAAUGCUAACUACUUUUAUUAUUUAAAUCAAACUGGAGAGUUCAAAGUUGAUGGAGUAAACGAUGUAAAUGAUUUUAAAGAUACAGAGUCAGCUUUAUCCGUAACCGGAAUUUGCCAAGAAGAUCAGUACAAUAUAUUUUGUAUGAUCAGUGGUAUUUUACAUCUCGGAAAUAUUGAUUUUAUAGAUAAUAACGGCUGUCAAUUAAGAGAUAGAGCAUACUUGGACUGUCCUGCUUUCUACUUGGGAAUUAACCAAAAUGAUUUAGAACAAAAACUAUUACAUCAAAAUUUAAGAAUGGAUAAUAUUGGUAUGCAAGCCCAGAGUAUAAUGAAAAGUCAUAACGUUGAACAAGCUAAAUAUGCAAGAGAUGCACUGGCGAAAGCUAUUUAUGCCCGUCUAUUCGAUUACCUAGUUCAACAAAUUAACAUUGCAAUGCAAAAUCCAGAUAAGGAUACCAUUAAUAUAGGAAUUUUAGAUAUUUACGGUUUUGAAAUAUUUGAACGGAAUGGUUUUGAACAAUUCUGCAUUAAUUUUGUAAACGAAAAACUGCAACAGAUUUUUAUUGAAUUAACACUCAGAAAUGAACAAGAAGAGUACAGGAAAGAAGGAGUUAAAUGGCGUGAUAUUGAAUUUCUUGAUAAUAAAAGUAUUUGUGAGCUGUUUGAAGGUGAUGGAAGAGGUAAAGUUGGGAUGUUUAGUGCAUUAGAUGACGUUUGUAAGACUCUGCACGCUGUUACCGCUGAUUCGGAUUCGAAAUUCCUUGGUAAAAUGAGGGAAUUACAAUUUGAAAGUUCACGGCACUGCCAAAUAUCUAGUAAUAAUUUCAUUAUUUCUCAUUAUGCUGGAAAAGUCAACUACACAGUGGAGGGUUUUUGUGAGAGAAAUAGAGAUGUACUUAAUGUAGACCUUAUACAGUUAAUGCAAUCUAGCAAUGUUGACCUCAUUAGAAGACUCUUCCCAGAAGAUGUCUCCCAACACACGAAACGACCAACAACUGCUGGAAAAAAGAUUAGAACGCAGGCUAAUAAUUUGGUUGAUGCUCUUAUGAAGUGUACCCCACACUAUAUACGUUGCAUCAAACCGAACGAAUCCAAAAGAGCGAGAGAUUUCGAAGAUGAUCGAGUAAUCCAUCAAAUUAAAUAUCUUGGCUUAUCCGAAAAUAUUAGGGUAAGACGAGCUGGCUUCUCUUAUCGUAGAGAAUAUGAAAAAUUUGUUCAACGAUAUGCUAUUCUCCAUCAAGGAGUUUGGGUAAGAUGGAGAAGGGCAGGAGGGGGCCAAAUGGAGGCAAGACGAGAUACUGAAAUACUGCUAAAAGACUCACAGGUUGACCCCAACGAAUACGAAAUGGGAAGAACGAAAAUAUUUAUAAGACGACCAGAUUCGUUGUUUCUUUUAGAAGAGCAACGUGCAAGAAAAUACGACGAAUACGCAAGAAAGAUUCAAAAAUGGUUUAGAAAAUAUAUUGGAGUUCGCUAUUACGUUAAAUUAAGAAAAGAAGCUGCAGAUGUUCUGAAAGGAAGAAAAGAAAGGAGAAGAGCUAGCUUGAAUAGAAAAUUCUUAGGUGACUAUAUAGACGUAGAUAAAAAACCCGCUAUAUUAACUUUCUUUGAGAAACGAAGGGAAAAAAUCGGAGAGAAGGUUCUCUUUGCCUUAACUGUUAACAAAUUUGAUCGCAGAUUCAAGUCGGUAAAGAGAGACUUGAUAUUAACUGAUAAAAAUUUAUAUCUCAUUGGAAGAGAAAAAGUAAAGAAAGGUCCUAAAAAAGGACAAAUCUGUGAAGUAGUAAAGAGAAAAAUCCCCAUUCAGGAAAUUGAAGCAAUAUCCUGCAGUUGUAGACAGGAUGACUUUUUUGCUCUGCAUAUUAAAAAUGAAUAUGGUUCUCUUUUGGAAUGCACAUUAAAAACAGAGUUUUUUACUGUUUUAAGUAAACAAUUAAAAGAAAAAUAUGGAAUGCCUUUAAAUUUAAAUAUCAAUAAUAGUUAUUCAUUUGCUGUAAAGAAAGAAGGUUUUAGAGGUGGUGGUUCACGAAAUGUCAAUGUCAGCAGAGACACUGGUGAUCGGCAGCUAGUUCAUAUGAGACGAUACGAAAAUGUUGCUAAUGUAUCUUCAGUAUUGAAAACAUCGAUGAAAACUUUGACUAUUCUUGUUCCUGAUGGCUUACCUCCCGGAACUCAACCAUCAUCGACGCUCGAAAGAGCUGCUGGAAAUGGACAUCGACACAGCAAGCCAGCUAUACAAAGCUUCCGUCCUACUGCUCCAACUGGAAUGGCCUUACAAAGUAACAUAGUUCCAAAAAGAAGCUCUGGAAAGGCUGCUCCAUUCUUCCCAAGAGAAGGUGCUGAAGUUUAUGCCUCACAGGCGAAAACAAGAGUAGGACAAAUGGAUCAAAGUUUCUUACAACGUCUUCCCGAUAGGGGCGAUAUAACUGUUAAGCUACCUAACCCAAAUAAGAAUAGGGCACUGCCAAAACCACCUAUUGGACCAAAACCUGUAACAAGACAACCUCCACCAGCUAAAAUUGCUGAAGCAUUAUACAGUUACACUAGUACAGAUGUCGACGAAAUGUCAUUUAAUGAAGGAGAUCGAAUUGAAAUAAUAAGCACCGAUGGAGAUUGGUGGAAAGGUAAAUCUAAGGAUGGAAAAAUGAAAUUAAUACCAAAAGAAUCAUCAUCGACUGUUGAAGCUAAGAUACGCAAAUAUGACGAGAAAAGAAAUGUAAUCGAAAGUAAAUAUAAUUUAUCUAAAUAUCGAAGGCGAUCCCUAGUACUUGCCGAACGUAAAAGACGCAUAAGAAAAUUAUCCGAUGACGUUCGGUAUCAUAUUAUAAAUCAAUUGCAACUGGCGAUUGUGAAACAACAUAAUUAUGAAAAUAUUGAUUUAACGGCAUUCAAAUGGUUCUUGUUGAUGAAUUUCGGGUAUACUCAUUCGUUAGUUAUCGAACGUUUAUACAGAGCUGUUGAAAAUUUGGGAGAUGGUAUUGUAAAUAUUAAAUCUUGCUUGGAGUUAUUUACAAUCCUUUUAAAUGGCGGCUUGGAAGGUAAAAGCCGUUUGGCCUUUUACGUAUAUGAUAUAUCUGGGAAAGGAUACAUUCGUCGUCAAGAUAUUUUUUAUUUCGUUAAGGGAUCAUUAUCAUGGGAUAUAAAUGAAGUUCGUUCGGGUGGGGAAAAGGAAUUAUCUCUAAUCGCUCUCCGAUUACUUGAUAAGGAUAAUGAUGGAUUAGUUAGCUGGCGGGAUUUCAUUCAGUCAGUGGAAGAUAAUCCCUUAGUACUAAAUCUCCUAGCACCAAUACUUCCGUCCGAUUUUGAAAUAUCAGUGUUUUAUUAUCGUUCCCAAAAUAACUAUAAAAAUAAGAAAUAUUUGAAAAGGCAAGAUUCACUUGUUCUAAACCAAGAAUUACGCAAGAACUAUCUGCAAUAA